CAUAUAUAAGCAAACUACUCGUUGGGCUUCAACAUCUCUCACUCCCUUGCGUUGCAGCCCCCAGCAGUUUUCUUACAUUUCCUCAAGUUUUUCUGCCGAUUUCAACGAUCAUUAUUUAUCUUCAUCGAACACAGUCAACAAGAAAAAUGGGGGAAUGGCAAGAUGAUGAGUUUUUUCUCCAAGAUGACAUCAAUAUACCUAUAUGGGAUGAAUUAGGCCAAAGUGAGGAAAGCUUAUAUUUUGGGUUUAAUGAUAUCACUCCAGCAAAAGUCUGUGGAGAUUCGGCUUACCAUAAUGCCAACAGUGGAGACAUAUCUAGUUCUAAGAGAAUAUUUGCUGAUAAUACGGAGGGAAGGAAGGAGGACAUGAUGAACUGUUCACAAGCAAAAAGGCGCCGGACGCUGCAAUUUGAAUGUGAGGCUUUACCGAUUCCUUAUUGCAAUGAAGAGAUGUCACCUACAUCCCUAGAAGAAAUUUUACGGGGUCCUCAUUGCAGUGAAGAGAUGCCACCUACAUUCCUAGGAGAAAAGGAUAGAGAAGAUACACAAAAAGAGUUUUCCAACAUUGCACAGUGGGUUCCUGGAGGGGAUGCAUCAUCGUAUGGCUACAAGGACCUGAUUCAAUCGUCUGAAGGACAGCUAGCUAAUUGCUUUCAUAAUAAUGAGAUCCAGUUUAACUCUGAUAAUGUGGUUAGGUCUGGUGCAUCCAAAGCUCACAAUGCUGGGUCAUCUGGAACCCUCCCAGUACAGGAGGCUAGUGCAGUUCAAAAGAAUCACCCUCAAUCUCGUCAAAAUGUUGUUUUUAAAGGUAAGAAGUCAUACAUGCAAACUCCAACAAAGGCAACAUCUUCUGUUGUGUAUCCAUUUGCAUUUAUCAAACCUUGUGGUGUUAAUGGAGUAAUGACUCUAAAGGACAUCAAUCAGCGGAUUUGCACCCCACCAAUGUCAAAGCAAAAAGAAGAUCUUUCUUCUAUAUAUCCUACUUCAGCUUUCUCUGGAAAGCCUGUUGUUGGUCAGAUGAAAAUUCACACCGAAGGAGGAAAAGGCUGUAUAACAAUCUUGAGAACAAAAGGCUGAUUCGAUGAAUAAUUCUCCUGCCAUCCUUUGUUGGUUCUUGCACUUUUCUCUUUUAAUUUCACCUGGUACAUAAUUGGAUUAAAAUUUAAUCGUUAAGGUGUUCCAUAGUCACAGUAAGUGAAAAAUGUGGUUACCUUAGCGACAUAUACCUGUUGUUUUAUACCAACUGUGCCGUGAGGUCAGUUGUCUGCCUGAAAGAACCUUGUCGAGGCAUAAUUUCUUUUGUUCA